AUGGCUGAGGAUCAAACAAUCACUCCUACCACUGAAGAGAAAAACUUCGAGUCUUCUCCUGUAGAAACCACACCAGUCAUCCCUUCAUCCACCACUAGUAAAGAUGACAUUCCAGUUCCAGAGGAAAAGAGUAAGUCUCCAUCGGCAGAAAAAGCUUCAUCGAUCAGUCGUGAAAGUGCUAAGGGCUUUAAGGAAAGUUCUGAUCAGUCUACAGGUACUCCUAUUUCUUCUGAUGUUGCUCCUAUGGAACCUCAAGAGAGGGAAGCCAUAGAAAAUAUGUUGUCUAUUACUGUUGAGGGAAUUAUUGGGAACGAAAGUUCCACCAUGCCUGAGUCUCAGGGGGAAGAGACCCAGUCCUUGGUGAGAGAAGGUGCAAUGGUGCUCUUUGAACAGCCUGCACUAGAAGAGACUACUGGGACCCCCCUUGAUGGACCUGACCCCUCUCCUGAGGAAACAUGUCAGGAAUCAUCUUCCCAGGUCAGUUUCGACCCUACUCCUUCUCCUCACUUUGAUACUGAGCCCUUGGAAGUAGUGGCUCCUGUUAUGAGGUCCAGUGAUGAAGAAGAUGAGGAUGAUGUUGCUCUAAGUGCAUUAAUUGUAGCAAGGAGGCUAGUAGCAACUCCUGAGCUCCUAAGCGACCUACCACAAGUUGAUGAGGAAGCCACAGAGGAACCAAGUUCCUUGAUCAAGAGGUCCCAGAAAAAGAAGCACUCUACUGAGAGUACUUCAAAAGAAGUUGUUGGAACACCCAGUGAAAAGUCAGUGAAAGAUAGUGGCAAGUUGAAGAAAGUUAUGGUAGAAGAGUCUCUGCUGAUGAGGAUGUGCAAAUGA